AUGUUGUGGUUCUGCAUUUUCUUAGCUCUCCCCAUUCUCUCAUUUCUCUUUCACAGAUGUAUAACAACAGUUGGUAACACUCCCAUUCACGCACCUCCUUCAUAUCCAAUCAUAGGUUGCCUUAUCUCUUUUUACACAAAUCGCCACCGGCUUCUAGAUUUCUACACUCACCACCUCUCUCAAUCUCCAACUCAAACCAUCCUCCUCAAGCGUCUCAGCGCUCGCCGAACCAUCUUAACUGCCAACCCUCUCAAUGUUGAGUACAUGCUUAAAACCAAUUUCAAAAACUACCCUAAAGGAAAACCCUUCACUGAAGUCCUCGGCGACCUCCUAGGUGGCGGCAUAUUCAACGUAGACGGAAAGUUAUGGUCAGAUCAGCGCAAACUAGUCAGCCAUCAAUUCACCACGAGAUCUCUCAAAGAUUUCGUUGCAAAGACUCUUGAAGAUGAAGUUCAACAUAGACUUAUUCCAUUGCUUGAAUUGGCAUCUAACAGUAACCUUGUAAUUGACAUGCAGGAUAUUUUGACGAGACUCACCUUUGAAAUAGUAUGUAAAGUUUCACUUGGCUAUGAUCCUUGUUGUUUAGAUUUAUCUAAACACGUGCCACCUCUUUUGUCCGCGUUCGACAAAGCUUCCGAGAUAAGCGCAAUGCGUGCAACUUUACCAGUUCCUUUGAUUUGGAAGAUCAAGAGGAUGCUUAAUGUUGGAUCGGAGAAAUCACUUAGAGAAUGUGUUAAAACGGUUCAUGAAUCGUUGAUGGAGAUAAUAAGAAAGAAGAAGAAGAUGAAAGAAAUUAAUGAGAAGAAAUAUGUUAGUGGGAGUGAUUUGUUGACAAAGUUGUUGGAGGCAGGGCAUGAUGAAAUCACGGUGAGAGAUAUUGUUAUUAGUAUCGUCGUGGCAGGGAGAGAUACUACAUCGGCGGCGAUGACAUGGUUCUUUUGGUUAUUAACAAGGAAUCGUAGCAAAGAGGAAGUGAUAGUGAAAGGAGUGAGGGAAAUAUUUGGAGAAAAAAAUAAGAAGAAUGAGUUUGAGUUGAUAAGGUCUUUUGAUUAUGAUGAUUUGAAAGAGAUGAAGUAUUUGAAAGCUUGUUUGUGUGAGUCAAUGAGGUUAUAUCCGCCAGUGGCGUGGGAUUCGAAGCAUGCCGCGACGGAUGAUGUUUUGCCAGAUGGAGCUAGGGUUGGGAAAGGAGAUAGGGUGAUUUAUUUUCCUUAUGGGACGGGGAGGAUGGAGGCUUUAUGGGGAAAAGAUUGGAAUGAGUUUAAACCAGACCGGUGGUUUGAUGAACCGAUCGGAGAAGGGAAUAAUAAUGUGGUUUUGAAACAUGUGAGUCCUUAUAAGUUUGCGGUUUUUCAAGCUGGUCCGAGAAUAUGUCUUGGGAAAGAAAUGGCUUUUAUUCAAAUGGAGUAUGUUGCUGCUUCAAUUCUCAACCAGUUUGAAAUUAGGCCUGUGUUAGAUCAUCAACCAGUGUUUGUACCUCAUCUUACUGCUCAUAUGGAUGGUGGGUUCAAAGUGAACGUCCAUAAGAGAGUUUAA